ACACAUUUUUAAUCUUUUUACCGCGCUCAUUCGUAUAUAUAAUCUGUGGUAUUACCAUAGAACAACACCACGGACAGACGUAAACAAACGAACAAAAUAACAAUAUAACAAUGCGAAGCGCUCGAACACCGUUUACAGCCGUCCACACUGAUUUCAGGUUUGAACACUGUAAACAAUCAGUCACUGUUCCGGUGGUCGUUUUAUGCGCAUAUAUAUUUCUGUUGAGCCGCAUGCGCACAUUCGAGAUGUCCAACUGAUUUGCGUCUGUUGUAGUGUUUAUACUAAUACACUAUACCGGUGUAGUACCCAUACUGGCAUACUGUUGUAUUCGAUGUAGCCGGCACCAGCUCAACCCUCAGCCACCAUUCAGACGUGUGUGUGUAUGUGUACUGCUUAUGCGUCUGUAGUCUCUACGUCUGUUCGAUCGUCGUCGUUGCUGUUGUUUGUCUUGGUCGUAGCCGCUUGGGCAUAUUGGCAUAAUAUCGUCUUGUAAUUGGACGUCUGUGUACCGUUGUCGCCAGUUUCAAGUCCACACCGGCCGUCGUUGUCGAAGUCAACCUCCACCUACGGUAAAGUUUUCAGCCGUUUUUACCAGCUUCCAGUCCGCGUCGCUCGUCGAAUUCAACGUAGUGCCCACGUUAAAGGCAUUUCACCCGUCCUGUGAUCUGACAAACGGCGAGUACCCACGUUGUGCCUCGAAAGAAAAAUCGCCGCAUGUUGCAUUGCUGGUCGAUCGUUGGACAAUCCGUCGUGUGGACUGUACCGCUAAUCUGAGUCUAGAACCCAUUGUUACCAGUUUCCAGUCGUUGUUACCAGCUUCUAGACUACGUCUGUCAUUUCGAAAUUAACGGAGUGUCCACAUGAAAGAGAAGGAUCCAAGCUAACAAUAUUGUUGAAAACGUAGCGGUGCAAUUUUAUCGUUUAAUUAUCCGUUGUGGACUGUGCUAAAUUUUGAAUUUAGUAAUAAUGAUGAAUAUGGAAGUGGAAAAUACUGAUGACCAGCUUGUAACAAUUCAUUUUGAUAAUAAUGUCAACGACACAUUUAAUAAAUUGUUUUUAACGCAACAUAGUGCAUAUUUUGAAGCUAUGUUUAAUGGAAACUUUUUAGAAUCUCAAUCAGAACAAAAAAUACAUAUAAAGGAAAUAAGCCAUAAAGGUUUUGUGAGUGUCAUUAACAGUUUGAAACAUAAAAAAGUAAUUUUUGAUGAUUUAGAUGAUUUACUUACUAUACUGGAAGUAUCACAGUUUCUUCAAUUUCCUUUCAUUAUUGCUGAAUGUAUUAAAAUUGUCCGAGAGAAAUAUCUGUUUACAAUUUAUGCGGUUAAUGUGUUUUCAACGGUUUCUAAGCUUGGAAUUAAGAAUCUACUAGAGAAAUCCCAAGCUUAUAUUUUGUAUUAUUUUAAAAAAGUAUUGGCUCAAAAUAAAUUUGGUUUCUUAAAACUAAGGAAAGUAGAUUUACAAACAUUGUUGAAUAACAAUAGUUUAAAUGUUGAUAAUGAACAAGAUGUGUUUGAUUUGAUUGUUGAUUGGUGUUUAGUAAAUAAUAAUUACGAUAUCGAGUAUGAAAUGAUUGUUAGUUGUGUGCGUUUUAAAUCUAUGAAUAAAGAACAAUUGGAAUAUUGUAUUUCAAAAACUAAUAAUUUGAAUUUACAAAAUAUCAUGAUUCCCUAUAUGGAUUGUACAAGAGAGCCUGUACAAGACCCUAUGACUAUGGGGUUAUUUCUUAGACCAAUAAGAAAUAUUCCUUUUGGUUUGUGUGCUGUUAAAAAUGAAUUGGAUGGUUAUUCGUUUGUGUAUCGGUGGGAUUGGGCUUCUAUGCAGUUUACAAAGUUUAUUAGAUUGGAUCCAUUGCCUCUUGAUACAACUGGAUAUCAUGUGAUUGUUAAAGGCUUAGAAGUUUAUGUGAUGGCUGGAGAAAUUGCAUAUGGAAGAGGAUCAUGGAAUAAGGAAGGAUGGAAGUAUAAUUUACUUUCAGAAGAAUGGAAGAGAUUGAAAGAUUUUACUCCAUCCAGUAGGCGCCACGGAGUUGGCCAUUUUGUUGGUGAUCAUUUGUACUUAAUGGGAGGUCUUACGAAGCACCGAUUGCCAAAUCGAAAUAUUGAACUCUUUUCAAUAGAUAAAUAUAAUGAUACACUUGUUAAAGUUCAUAUGAGUUCUUGCCAAUAUUUUCAAAAAAGAGUGGAUAGACAAUUUUAUGUUUGUUUGGAGUAUAAAGGUCAUUUAGCGAUAGUAACUAAAGACAAUGAACCAUCAUGGUAUGAUCUAAGUCCUAUUGGAAAUGAUCAAAAUGCUUAUAAGUGGAGAAGACGCAUAAUAAAUUUAAGUGAAGUAGUUAUUUGUGCAACUUGUUAUAACGACACUGUUUAUAUGCUUACUUACGACAAAAUGUGUAUUAUUAACUUACACAGCUACUGUCCAAUGUACGAGUUGACCAAGAAGUUAAAAUCUUUUAAUAUAGCAUAUGAUGGUGCUACUACAAUGUGCGCUUUUAAUGUUGAUAAAGCUAUGGUCUUUAAAAAUGAUACAUUUGAAUAUUAUUCUGUGGAUAAUGACUUCUUCAUAGAAUAUAAAAUUCAAUUAGAUUCUUUUCACUCUAAUUACUUAUUUAGUGUUCCUAUUUAUAUAGAGAAGACAUUAUAAUUUAUUUUUAGUUAUGUACCUAGUAUUAUAAGUACCUAUUUAUAAUAUUUAUUAUUAAAUAUUUCCUUAGUAUUGUAAACUUAACAUUAUUCAACAUGAUCUAUUUUCUGUAUUAAUUAUGGUACAAAUUACAUUUUACUCUCCAUUUAGGGGAUUCAACACCAAUCCCAUCAUUAAGGUGUGUGACUGUGUGAAAAAGAAAUAACGGAGCGAUUAAAUUAAUUAACGUAUUACACAAAAAUUAAUAUUAAUAAUUGUUUUGUCUUCUUUUUUGGUCAAAAGUAUCAACUAAUCUAUUAAUCCAUUAACAUUUCUGAAAAAAUAUUUGAAUGUGCUAUAAAAUUUACUUCAAAACAACUUCCUUACAUUUUUAUAUUAAUUUUUUCACUUCAUAUUAUUAACAUUUGAAAAUUUAAAAA